GGGAACAUUUAUAGUCAGCUAAGAGCGCCGUGUGUCAGGUCCUCAGCCUUUCGUGUCAUUGGUGAAUGACCGAAGAUGUCUCACGCCAGGUUGUUUGCCAGGCUGCUCUUGCAGCAGAGUGGAGUCAGGCACUGUUAUACGGGAACAAGACAGAACCUCUACAUCAACAAGAACUCCAAGGUCAUCUGCCAAGGUUUCACGGGGAAACAGGGAACAUUUCACAGUCAGCAAGCUCUGGACUAUGGCUCCCAGUUAGUCGGAGGUGUUUCCCCCGGCAAGGGUGGUAAGACACACCUCGGCCUGCCUGUCUUCAAUUCAGUCAAGGAGGCAAAGGAGGGCACAGGGGCAGAUGCCACCGUGAUUUAUGUGCCACCCCCGUUUGCGGCGGCGGCCAUCAUAGAGGCCAUCGACGCGGAGAUCCCUCUGGUGGUUUGCAUCACCGAGGGCAUCCCCCAGCAGGACAUGGUGAGAGUCAAACAUAAGCUGCUGCGCCAGGGCACCACCCGCCUCAUAGGCCCCAACUGCCCAGGAGUCAUCAAUCCUGGAGAAUGCAAGAUUGGGAUUAUGCCGGGCCACAUUCACAAGAAAGGAAGAAUCGGCAUUGUGUCUCGAUCGGGUACCUUGACAUACGAAGCUGUGCACCAAACUACACAAGUGGGCCUGGGCCAGUCACUCUGCAUUGGUAUCGGCGGGGAUCCGUUCAACGGGACAAACUUCAUAGACUGCCUGGAGGUGUUCCUGCAGGAUCCCAAGACAGAGGGCAUCAUUCUUAUUGGAGAAAUCGGAGGCAAUGCUGAGGAGAACGCAGCAGACUACCUCAAACAGCACAACUCCGGUGCUAAUUCUAAACCCGUGGUGUCCUUCAUCGCGGGGCUAACCGCUCCUCCCGGCCGUAGGAUGGGCCACGCUGGCGCCAUCAUCGCCGGUGGAAAGGGCGGAGCCAAAGAGAAGAUCGCAGCCCUCCAGUCGGCUGGGGUUGUGGUCAGCAUGUCCCCUGCCCAGCUGGGCAGCACUAUUUUCAAGGAGUUCGAGAAGAGGAAGAUGUUGUAAAUUGUGGUGAGAAGGCACCCGACCUUUUACCCCCUGCCCCUGAAAUUGAGAUGAGCAGCCUGAUUGCUGGAGGUGGAUGUGCCCUACAGUACCUGCAAACCCUGAUUAUUUCAACGACGAAGCACACAGCCAGUGUUUAUAUUGUAAUUUCUGCCAUAAACUUGUAUCUUGCACAUAACGAAGAAAUAAAACCUAGUGUCUUCAUGGCAUCCUAAAGAGCUCGUUGUACACAAUGUAAAAGCUUCAUAGAUGUGUUUUUCUUUACUUAUUCCUCCUGUCGCCGGCUGAAGGAAAUGAUGCCAUGGUAACCUUGGUGAUCUGUUUCGUUCUGUUGUACACCUGCUGUAAUGCAUAUUCCAUCACUCAUCUCACUGGCUGUCCAUCCGAAUAAGAAAUAUUUCUCAUAUCA